CUCGUGCUAUUAUGCUAUACUCCUUCAUAAUGUACAGAAUACAGCUGUAAAAUAUGUGAAAUUUUUUGGUUAUGUUUAACGAGGCAUAUUAUUGUUGUAUUGUAUUAUUGGUUUGUGAGGCAUAACACGUAUUUGUUUCUUUGAGAGACUGUUUAUACAAAUUACUAAAUAUAAUGAAUUUAAACAUUUCCACUCUAGGAAAAUUCGUCUGGAAGUCUCAAGUGCUUGCUGGGUUUGGUUAUCAACAAGUAAGAAACAAAUGGGCCAACUGGAUGAUGAUAAGAGACGUUAAAAGACGUCGUUUAAGUGCUGAACACUUCCUGGACAGAACUAGAGUCAAUGCUUUAAGGAAGAACGACAUCUUGCCCGUGGAAAUUAGAGAAGUGGCCGACAAAGAAAUCAAUAAGUUUGAACUGAACGCUAACCCUAUGAGAAUUAAUAAUAGAUGUGUUAUUACUUCUAGACCGCGAGGUAUAGUGAAAGAAUGGCGCAUGAGCCGCAUAGUGUGGCGACAUCUGGCAGACUACAACAAGCUGUCUGGAGUGCAACGAGCCAUGUGGGGUUGAAUAGUUCCUGUUAUUUUUAAUUUAUAUGGACAAUGGCACAUCAGACUACACAUUUUUGUUCGAAAAUAGCCUCCAGUGCAACGGAACAAGAUACGUCAUUGUGUAGCUUGAUGUGCUGGAGUGUGUACAUAGGUUUAGAUCUUAAUAAA